AUGGAGCGCGAGAGGAGCAAGGGGGAGAGGCGCGAGGUGGAGCUCGCUCUCGCCGCGUCCGGCAUGGGCCGGCGCGGCGGGGGGAGUGGGGGGGCAUCCGGGGGUCAAGACGGGGGUCACGCAGCAGCUGGCGGCCAAAAUCGUGACGGAGAGAAGAAAAAUAGUGACAUGUUCAACGACGACCCCGGCGGAUUUUGCCGCUACCACCAGUCCGAGCUUCACACCAACGAGCAGUGUCGUCUCCAGCAGCAACUGCGGCGCGCGCGUUCGAGAGAGGGCGCCGCGGAACGCCGCUCGGGCGGCGGCAGCCGCGGUGGCGGCCGAUGGGUGAGGCUAGAAGGGCAGCAGCACCACACCGAGGGAGGCCCGGGGCACGCGCGUUCUGGCCACAGAAGAGAGCAGGCGUACGUUGUGUACUACGCCCACGAUGAUGGAGGCUACUACGAAGACCACGGCGACUACGACGACGGCUACUACUGCGAAGACGGCUACCACGACGCCGGGUACGCCCACUACGCCGGCGGUGGGGACAGCUACAGCUACCCCUCAGGGAUAGGAGUGACGAUUGGAGAGUCUGCUGCGUCUGCUUCGUCUUUGCUGAGUGUUAAAUCUAGUGAGAGGCCGCCUGGUAGCGAGAGAUGGGUAGCUGACUCAGGAGCCAGCAACAGUUUCACCAACAGCAGCCUACACAUGUAUGACCUGCAAGAGAUCCCCGCCAUUAGGAAUAUGUCGUUGUAGGUGAUGGUCGACUGCUACAAGUGCAAGCCAUCGGUAGCAUUAAUCUUAGUUUUUUCCAGGAGGAUGAGAAUGGUGAGAAAACGGCGAUGUGUGUGAAGCUUACUGACGUGUCUGUUGUAGAGAGCCUGAGUUUCAACUUGUUCUCAACGCAUGCUGUUUCUCUGAAGCAACCAAUCCUGUACGACGAACGUGGUGCAACCCUACAAAAUGGACUGCUCUUUGCUAGAGAGGAAAAAGCGUCUGCAGCGUAUGCCAUGCGGUUGCCGUACGACCCAUCUGCGAUUAUUGUAGACCCUGCUGCUUUGACCGCAUUCGUGACUGCCCCCGAUUCC